AUGGUCAUUGUCUGGACUCCCGAAUGGGACAACAAGCUCCUUGUUGCCAUCUGGGAGACUUGUGGCUCCAAGUUCGACUGGGAGACCACCGCGGAGAUUAUGGGUGGCACCUGCACCCCGGAGGCCAUCAUGCAGCACCUGCGGACCAUGACCCGGAAGGCCGCAGAACGACGCCGUGAGCAGCGCCAGAUCCUGCUCGAAGCCCACGCCACCCGUGCUGCCAGCGUGGCCAAGGGCAAGGCAAAGAGAAAAUGGGGCUACAACCGAUCCGCUUUGAAACGCAUUGAGGGAAUGGGCAAGGGCAACGAUUCGGACGCCUCUGCCGAGAACAAGACCAAGACCUCACCAAAGCGCCGCUCCAAGCGCUCCCUCUCCAUCGAAUCCGCCCCCGCCGAUGACGCCUCCGCUACAAACGAAACCCGCCGCCGAAAGUCUCACCAGCAGACCCCUGACAAGAAGAAGCAGAAGCGUUCGGCGGGUCAUCGCUACAAUGAUAACACCGGCGAGAAGUCUACCAAAGAUGAGAACCGUGACAAGGUCCGCACCCGUGGGAACUUCUGGAACAACUACGACCGCGACGAUAAGAAGUGA